AUGAACAGAGAGGGCGUGCUUGACAUCUUACGCGUCGCGCACGUUUUUGGAAAAGUUAGAUUGGAAGAAGGGUUUUUUGCCGAGAAAGCAACAAAAAUAUACCAGAAUGACUACUGGAAUGCCACUGAAUCCCAAGCCAUUUUUAAAUGGACUCACUGGAAAGCCUGUGAUGGUUCGUCUCAAAUGGGGAAUGGAGUACAAGGGCUACUUAGUAUCUGUUGAUGGUUACAUGAAUGUUCAGCUUGCAAGUACAGAGGAAUACAUUGAUGGAACAUUUACAGGAAAUCUUGGCGAAGUACUAAUCAGGUGUAACAAUGUAAUGUACAUCCGAGGUGUGGAAGAAGAAGAAGAGGAUGGAGAAAUGAGGGAAUAACAGCAGUACAAUGAUGAACCUUCAAUGGACAAUAACUAUGUAUAUUUUGUGUAUAUUUGUAAUAAUCAUCCAAUAACUGGUUUACAUCCUGGAAAGUUCAUGGAAUGUUCUACAAACGAAAUUAUCGGUAAUAGAUGGUGGCUUCUCCUGGUUGGUAGUUGUAUCAGAUGUUCCAUGCAGAACCAGUUCAUGGUGAAAAUGGUGAAAACACUGGGAAGUAUGCCUAUUUGUGAUUUUCCUUCAACAUGUUUUCUCCUUUUGUCUUGACAUACUCAGACGUACAAGUUUGAAAUGUUAUUAUCUUUAAUGGUAAUAUUUGGCUUGUAUGGAUCCACAAUGGUCUAAUGCUCAGUCUGUCUAACACCAUCAUGGCAAAAUCCUCUUGGUCUACUUUCAAUUUGGGCCAACAUUUGGUCAAAUAAAUUUUAGUUUAUUAACAGUUCAUCUAAUGGAAUAGACUCAGUUGAUAUUAGACAAAAUGAAUACAGCCUGUCUGGAAAUGACAAAUUGAUAAUUGAUUAGACCAAAUGGUUACUACAGAGCUGCUAAUUAGUACUGAUUUUCUGUAUGAAGUACUGAAAAUAGAGAAGAAUACUGAUGGUUUCAUGCAAAAUACUGAUUUCUUAAGUUUCAGUUUAUGUGAUGUCCUUUGGUAUUCCUGUGAAAAUACUAAUUUCCUCACCAAAAUAGUGAUUUUCAGCCUUGAAAUUACUGAAAUGUUCUUGUUCAGGUUGGCAGCUCUGUUAAUAGUUAAACUAAUGAUAAUGAACAAUUAUUAAACUAGUUGUGAUGAGACUACAAAGAGAAAGUACACAAUGUGGAUGUAGACUAAGUGUCAAUUUCCCAAUAUUUUGAUCAUGUGUUUGGACAUGGAAGGAAUAUUAUUCAUGUAAACUGAAGAUGAAUAGUGAAUACAUGUACCAAAAGGAGUCCAUUUUUUCAGGUUCACUGAUUAUAAGAUCACCCAGGACUUCUCCAUAUUGUCUUGUCUAUUGCAAAGAUAUAUUUUUUUUGCUUAAUUAUGGUUGCAUUUGAUUUAUACAAAAGAUUACAACUAAUUUUAAGGGAGGAUAGAAUAUAGAUAGUACUUUUAGUUCUUCUGCAGAACAUUUGACUUCACUUUUCUGGGAAAUAUUGUGUAGUAUUGAGUUGAAAAUAAAUGAGGGAGAUUGGCGAUUUUGCCCCCAUGACAACCUAAAACUCCCCCAAAAUUCCUCAAAAUGCGUGCUUCGAGGAGGUGCAAUAGCUCAGUCGGUAGAGCUGAGGUUUUUGGAUUCUGGGGACCUGGGUUCAAUUCCCACUAGGUACGCUAGUGCCCUUUGGUAUUUAAAAAAGGCAUUAAUCCUUAAGCCGUUGGUUCCCUGGUUGCUUGCUUACAUUCAUGCUUUCUUGGCAAUCUUGUAAAUAAAAAUCACCACCACCACCAUUUGACCAUUUUUAUAAGAGCCUCCAAAAUUCUUCAAAGGGACCAUUCUAAUUGAUAAUUUUUUUCCCUCUUUGUCAUUUCCAAGUGGCAUAAUAUGAAUAUUGGAGGCAAACAGUGAUGUACAGGCCAUUGAAUAAGUCAUGUUGAGGUGUUAUUUUGUAUGUUGAAUGUGUUAUGCACUGCUGCAUGGCAAUCUAGACUGUUCAUUAUAAAAGGAAAUUCUGUUAUUUUUAGUGAUUGAUUACGUAAAUGCUGAUUGUUUUUCAUAGUCGUGUCUAGUCAUUUUGUAAAAUUUUCCCGACCAAGAGUAGGUUUUAAAUAAACCAUUUUUAUAAAGAAA